AUUGAGCGGCUGGAGCUGAACAGCUUGGCCCCGUCGAGUGUGGUAGCCUCGGGCUCUGAUGGCGGGGUCAGCGCGGAGAGCCUGGACGGUGGCCUGGACCCACAGAGGACCAGGGCGGCCAUCGCCCAGCUCCAGCAGAAGGUGCUCCGGCUGACCGAGCAGCUGAAGGUGGAGCAGACGGCGCGCGACGACAAUGUGGCCGAGUACCUGAAGCUGGUGGGUAGCGCAGACCGCCAGCAGGGCAGCCGUAUCAAGCACGCCUUCGAGAAGAAGAACCAGAAGUCAGCCCAGGCCAUCCUACAGCUGCAGCGCAAGCUGGAGCACUACCACCACAAGCUGCGGGAGGUCGAGCACAACGGCAUUCCCCGGCAGCCCAAGGACGUGCUGCGGGAUGUGCAGCAGGGCCUGAGGGGCAUGGGUGCCAAGGUGACGGGCUUCAGCGAAGGGGUGGUAGGCAGCAUGAGGGGCGGCCUCUCCAGCUUCUCCCAGGCCACUCACACAGCUGCCGGGGCGGUGGCCGCCAAGCCCCGGGAGUUUGCGUCGCUCCUGCGUAACCGGUUUGGCAGUGCAGACAACAUCCCGGGCCUGAAGGAGCCGCUGGACGAAGGCCAGGCCGAGGAGUGCCUCAAGGCCCUGGGCAUCUGUGGCCAGCUGCAGUUCGGCUCGCGGUACGGCAGCGAGGAGGAGUGCUCCAGCGGCACCUCGGGUUCGGGGGCCAACAGCACGUCCGGGGCCCCCCUGGAGCCGUCCACCUCGAAAACCAACACCCUGGAGCUGCCUGGUUCUGGGUUCGAGGGAAUCUUGCAGGAGUUUCACCAGGUGAAGGAGAACCAGGCUCGACUGGAAGAGUCAUUUGACAGGCUGAAAUCUCACUACCAGAGGGAUUAUACCCUCAUGCUGCAAACACUACAGGAAGAACGAUACAGGUGUGAGCGACUCGAGGAUCAGCUGAAUGAUCUGACUGAGCUUCACCAGAACGAGAUUCAUAACCUCAAGCAGGAGCUGGCGAGUAUGGAGGAGAAGAUCGCUUACCAGUCUUAUGAGCGAGCCCGAGACAUCCAGGAAGCCCUGGAGGCGUGUCAGACCCGAAUCUCCAAGAUGGAGCUGCAGCAGCAGCAGCAGCAGGUGGUACAACUGGAGGGCCUGGAGAACGGCACAGCACGUACCCUCCUGGGGAAACUCAUCAAUGUGCUGCUGGCUGUCAUGGCUGUCCUCCUGGUGUUUGUGUCCACUCUGGUGCCACUGAUGAAGACGCGCAGCAGGACGUUUAGCACUUUGUUCUUCCUGGUCUUUCUGGGCCUAACCUGGAGGAACUGGCAGGCCAUCAGUGGCUCCCUGAGGCAACUCAUUCCCCUUCUGACGUGACCCCAAGCCCAGGACGUGGGCCCCAGUGAAUGGAAUACACGUGGAAUUGGAGUGGAUUUGUUUACAGAUGGAAAAGACACCUUCUCUGUCCCUGACUGGGAGUUGCUGACAGCGUUUGAAGGUCAAAGUGAACUAGUUGGCAUUUGAGUCGUAACUGUGUGAAUUCUCCUCCAGCACAAGUACAAACUGAGUGAGGAUAGAUGGACAGAAGGGCUGUGAGCUUGGUUAUUUAAUAAUAACCCCUCCCCACUCCAUCUCCAAAUCGCUCUUAGGGGACAGGGGAGAAUGGAAUCGACAACAGAAUUGCUGCCUAAAAUUUAGUGCACAGUGUAGUUUGUUUAUUUUUCAGAGUAAUCUUUUGUAUUUAAUUUGACUAUGCCCAGACCUGCAUUAUGGAGAAGUGGCUCACUGAAAUAAGAGCACAUUCCAUCAUCAGCAGGUUGAUCCAGGCUUGUUAUUUCAGUCUCUUUACUGUGACCAGGGUUGAAAGACUCGACUGGGAUGGACUUGAAGUAAUUAUUGCUAAGUCACGGCCUCCUCCUGAGUCUGGCUAAAUGACAGUGCUGCAUCCUGUGGACUGAUGAUGCCACAGUUAUUAGGGGUAUCCAAUAGGGCUCCUACUUGCUGCAUUCAAAACCCACGCACUCCUCCCUUGACGUACACACCCCUCGCCUACUCCCUGAAUGCAUACCCUAUCCUGUAUUGACUAACAAACUUGAAGAGUGACACUCAAAAGCACCUCAGUGCUCCCUCAUUGCUUGUGAGAGAAAUACCAUCUUUUGUUUUUUAGCAGAGAUUUUGUUUUUAACAUUCAAGCAGCAGCGUAGAGUUUCAGUAAUUCAAAUGAAGUGACAAUUUGUGAGCCCAAUGCCCAUUGCCCAACUCCUGGCUGACAGAGCAAAGGCUUCCAGAGCACAGGACAGGUAAACAGGGUCACUGAAAACUGGCCACUCCUGCCUUUUCUAAGAAGGCGGUUUUAUGAGAACCUACGGUAGAAGAAGAUGCUUGGAAUGAGAUUUUUUUUAAAAAGUCAAGAGGUUCAAAAUAAGUGCUGUGUUCUUCCUGUCAGCACAGAAUGUGAAGCUGUGAAUGUACACUGUCCCAGCCAAUAAUAGGAGCGGUGGCACCCUCAGUACAACAGACGUGAAUGAGGCUGGGAGACAUUUGAAUUCCUUCAGUGAUGACUAGGUUAAGCUUCUUGCUGCUCCACCCCAUCAAUGACAUCCGCAGCUUAUUGAUUAUCGCAGAUUGUCAGCAGCAGUCCAUGUACUGUACUUAAAUAAAGACCUCUGCUGUUAAA